CACAGAUCGAUGAUCAAUUCUGGGUGUUACAAAUCGGUCACAUUUUAUUUUAGACAUCUACAAAAUUUUUUUUUUUCUCUUUUUCUAUGAAAUUAUGUUAACUUCAUUAACUUCUAAAUUACAAUUUGUUUAUAAAGUUUCCGAAAAAGUAUUAGGAAAUAAUUUAAAAUCAAAUAUAAAAAAGUCCAUUAUUCUAAAAUCAUGUAAUAGAAAUUCAAAUAUUAUAAACCCUUUUGUAAAUUUCCGUUAUUAUACCACUACUACUACUAUUAGUAAAGAGAAUAAAUAUGAAUCAAUUGAUAUAUUAUCAAAUCGUGAAAUACCUCAAUCAAUUUCAUAUUUUACAGGAAAACCAACUUAUAAUGAUCUUAUUAUACAACUUGAUGAUCUUAUAUUUAAAUAUAGAAAAACACCUAAAUUGAAAGAUAAAAAUGUUUUACCAACUUUAUGGAUAUUAAAACAACGUUUAGAUGAAAAAUUAGGUUUAUGUUUAAAAACACAUCAAUACCGUACGAUCAUACAAAAAUUGAAUCAAUUAAAUAUUAUAAUACCUGAAAUUGCACCUCAAUUACAUAAUUUUUUGGAUUUAUUUAGACGUUAUGAUCUAGAAAAAGAGAAAAAACUUUUAGAAGCAAUGAAAACCGUCGAUCAAUUUGGAAGAGCUUUUACAUUAGGAAAAAGAAAGGAAGCAGUUGCUCAAGUUUGGGUGGUAGAAGGUGAUGGGCAUGUAAUCGUUAAUGGAAAACCAAUGGCGGAAUACUUUUCUUUAAUGAAAGAUCGUGAGUCAAUAUUAUAUCCAUUUCAAGUAACUGACUUGCUUGGAAAAUAUAAUGUUUGGACAAAAGUUAAGGGAGGAGGUACAACAGGUCAAGCAGAUGCAAUUGCUCAUGGGAUCACUAAAGCUUUGAUCAUACACGAUUCUGAUCUCAAACCAAUUUUAAGAGCAGCCAAUCUUGUUACACGCGAUACUCGUGUUGUCGAACGUAAGAAACCGGGUCUUGCAAAGGCAAGAAAGAGAUACACAUGGGUCAAACGUUAAUAUUACAAUACAUGCUAUCAAUUUAAACACGUAUAAUUAAAGGUUGAUAUUUAAAAAGAAAUUUAAUAAUUUUGACAUCAUUAUUUUAUUUAAAUAAACAUCCUCCAUAUGGAUUAUCAGAUUACAUGACUGAAUUUUACAAUAGAAAGUAGACUUGAACUUGAUGAAUUCACAAGCAAAAUGCUGUCUGUAUAGUCCCGAAUUGAAAUUCUGUCAUUCAAGCAAUUUUCAAACAUUAUAAAAAUAAAUUUAGGUACUAAAAUUAUAAAAAUAAGUUGAUAGACGUUUUGCAGUUUUAGAACUUGUUUUUAAGUCUAAUAUUGUUAAUCCGAUUAAUUC